AUGAAGGUGCUGGCUCCUUCUGCAGCAUUCUCGUUGAUUUUUCUCUCCAAUCUACACGAAAUUGAACGACAUAAUGCCCAAGUUAACCGAACUUAUACAAAGGCCGUCAAUCAGUUUUCCGAUUUUACUCAAUUGGAAUUCGAAACCGAAAUUCUCACGCCACAAUUAGCCUUUGCUCCUAUUCCAAAUCCACCGCCAACAUCUGUGCAAACUCGUUCAUCAUCAUCGAAUCCUAAUGCUUGUUGCUCAGCUCUUGGUUUAGGUGAUUGGAAUCGUCGUCAAUGUAGUGAUGAUGGUCGUGUCAACGGUGUUGUAACAAACGGCUGUGUUCACCAUGAUUCACAAUGUUGUCGAUCAUCAGGAAAUCCAAGUGAAUGUUGUGCAGCGCUUGGUUUUGCCUGGUGGGAUGGAGAAUGGUGCCGUGGUGCUCACCCUGCUGGUGGGCGAACGUUUUGCUCAACGUAUUUACUCAUACGACUUGUAUCCAACGGCCCUGUCGCUAUUGCUAUUAAUGCUGAUUUUAUGGGUGGAUAUGGAGGUGGAGUUUAUCGUGGUCCGUGUCCACCACAUGUCAAUCAUGCUGUUUUACUGACGGGUUGGGGUACGGAUGCACAAACAGGUGUUCCGUUUUGGCGUGUGAAAAAUUCAUGGGGUGCAGGAUGGGGUGAAAAUGGUUUUGCACGUUUUGAACGUAAACCAGGUGAAAAUCAAUGUUUUAUCUAUCAUGAAGUGACCCGUCCGACUGCCAUUUAA